AUGAAUGAUAAUUUAAAAAAAAAAUUGAAGAUAAAUAAAGGUAAUGUUUAUUCAAGUUUAAUAAAAGACAAUGUAGACGAUUUUAUUACUAGAGAAGAAUAUUAUAACAGUAAAUCAUCAAACACUUUUAAUGUGAAUAUUGAUGAAUGUUCUGAAGAUAUUAAAAAUGAUUUAAAAAAGGAAAUAAAUAAAGAAUCCCAUAAAAAAAAUUACGAAUAUAGAUCAGAUGAAAAUUAUGAAAAUAUAAAAGAAUUAAUUUCAAAAGAAAGUAAACAUAAUAGUUAUAUAAAAAAAAAAAAUUUUCUUAAUAUAAUAAAGAAGGAUGAUUUAAUUUUAAAAAGUAAUGAAUUCAACGAGUACAAUAGCAUAGGUGAUAAAAAUGAAAGCAUUAAAAAAAAAAAAAAAAAAAAUUCGAAAGUUUUUCCAAAUUUUGUAAAAAAAAAUUAUAUAUCUGUGUCAAGCAUAAAAAAUAACAAAUAUAACCAAAACAUUAAAGUACAUAGACUUGUGAAAAAAAGUAAAAGUUCAGAAUUCAUUAAUAAUGGAAAUACAAGUAUAGAAAAAGAUAAAAACAUAUCUGAGAAAGAAAAUACAAAUAUAAAGCUUUCUAUAUUUGAUAUGAGUGAUAACAAUUAUAGCGAUAACACUUACUGUAGUAAUAAUAAUUAUUAUAAAAAUAAUAAUAUUAUUAAUAACGGUAAUAAUGAUCGUUAUGAUAAUAAAUAUAGUCAUAAAAAAAAAAAAUUUAACAAAAUGUUUGCUACAAAAAAUAUGAAUAAUUUUGAAUAUGUAAUGCAUGAAGAUACAGAAAAUAAUUUAAAUAAUGACGAAAUGAAUAGCAAACAGAAUGAAAAAAAUAAUUUAAGUUAUAUUAAAGAUUUUAAUGAGCAAAAUGGUAAUACAUACAUAUUAAAUAAUAUCAAUAUAAAUGAUUUACAUAAUAGUAAUGUAAAUGAAAGAAAUGAAAUUCUUGGCAUAUAUGUAAAUAAUUAUAAUGGAAAAUCGAAAAUAGAUUUAAUAAAUAACUUUUUAAAAAAGAAAAAAAAAAAAAAAAAGCAUAAAAAAAAAAAUAGUAGCUGUGAGAUUGUUGAUAAUAAUUACAAAGAAAAUUAUAGUUACAUUCUCUGUAAUACUAAAAAAGAGAAAAGACACAUGAAUAAAAAUAUAAAUUCAUUAUUACAUGAAAAUAAAAAUGAUAGGAAGAAUAGUUUUAAUAAUAAUUUAAAAUAUCAAAUAAUAAAUAGUGCAAAAAAAAUACGAUAUGUAAGUAAAAGCAAUGAAAAGGAAGAAAAAAAAAAAAAGAAAAAAAUAUCGAUGAGUAUUUUAAAAAGUAUAAAUAACAGUGAAGAUUUAUUUAAAUGGAGGAAUAAAUAUCAUACUAUAAAAGCAUUAGCUUUAGAUGAAAAAAAAAAUAAGAAACUUCUUGUUUUUGCAUUUGUCAUUUUCUUAUUUUUAAAUGUUUUUAUUAAUUAUGAUAGUGGUAUAUUACCAAUAUCCUUAAAUAAAAUUACUGAUGAUUUUGAUUUAAGUAUAACAUUACAGGGUUUAUUAGGUUCUAUGCCUUAUAUAGGAUUAACCAUAGCAAGUUUUUUUUUAGCAACUAUAUUACAAAAAUAUGAUCAAAAAAAAAUUAUUUUAAAAUCAAUGCUAUUAAAUACCAUAAAUAUAUUAUUAAGCUUUUUUUGUACUAAUAAAUUUUUUUUCAUUUUUUUAAGAUUUAUAUAUGGAAUUACACAUUCUGUUUUAAUAAUUUACUUUCCUGUUUGGACUCAUGAAUAUGCACCAUCUUUAAAUUUAACUUUUUGGUUGGGUCUAAUUCAUAUAUCAACAAUUAUAGGAAUAACAGUAGGAUAUUUAUGUACUGGAUUAUUAAUUUUUUUUAAUUUUUCAUGGAUGUAUUCCCUUUUAAUUCAAGCUUUUUUUUUAAUUCUUUUUUCUAUACUUUUAUUUACUAUACCAAAAAAAUUUAUUAACAUAUCUAAUAUAUCAAAAAAUCAUAAAUUAAACAAUAUUUCUAAAUAUAGUAUUUUCAAUAAUAAUGAUAAUGAUACAACUACAGAUAUAUACGAUAAUGAUACUAUUAUUAUUUAUGUAUCAAAAAAUAAUAGUGAUUUUAAUAGUUUAUAUAAUGAGCAAAAUAUUAAUUUUUCAGAAAAUGUGAAUUAUGAAAAAAGCAUAAUGAAUAAUCAGAAAUUAAAUUACUUAAAAAGAGUUUACUAUAAAAUAAAAAAAACUUACUUUUUUUCAUCCAUUGUAGCAAUAUUUAAGUGUCCAUUAUAUAUUUGGCUAGUUUUCUCAUUAUGUAACCUUUUUUUUGUUGUUAUCGGAAUAUUUUUUUGGUCAACUAAUUUUUUUAUUAAUUAUUUAAAUAUUGGUUCAUUAGAAGCUAUGUUUUAUUUUAUUGGUACUUCUUUGACCGCCCCAGUUAUAGGAAUAUUAAUAGGAAGUAAAAUUGUAGAUAAAUUUAUUGGUGGAUAUAAAGAAUACAAAAAUAGAUUAAGAACUUUAUAUUUUUGUAUUUUCAAUUCUUUUUUAACAUUUCUUUUAGCUUUGAUGAUUUGUAUUUUUGACAACUAUAAAUUCACGUUAAUGUUUACAUGGAUAAUUUUGUUAUUUGGUGCAAUGUUAUUGCCACCUAUAACAGGAAUAAUAUUAUCAACUGUUAAAUCUGAAAUAAGAUCUUUUGCCUCAGCCUUUUCGAUGUUUUUGUACAAUAUUUUUGGAUAUGCAUUAGGAACGUUCUUUCCAGGAUUCAUUGUUGAUUUUUUCAGGGUUAGCGAAGUUGUCAGUAUCAAGGUUGUUUAUCUAUGGUCAUUUUUUGGUUUAAUAAACUUAUGUAUUGCCACUUUAUUUGCAAAGAAAAAAGAAAUUUAUUAA